AUGGGUCUUCCAGGCAGAGUAGGAUAUCCAAUGGCUCUUCUGCAGCUCUUCAUUGCUGUGGUGCUGCUCUUCGUUGGAGCCUCCGAGGGAGCAACUGUGGAUUAUGAAGGGGAACUGGAUUUGGAGGAACGUGAGGAGGGGAAAGACCUUCCCCGAACUUCUGUCACAUUCAGCUCUUACAUGAGCUUCAGUCAAGUGUCCAGUUACUUGGAGAGUUUGCAAGGCAAAUACCCCAACAAAGUCCGGGUGGAUGAAGUUGGAAGGAGCGUUGAAAACCGCCCCAUUUACCGAGUUCGUAUCACCAACAACGUCGGAAGUAAUGCAGAGAAGAAAGUCGUAUUCAUUGAUGGAGGUAUACAUGCGCGUGAAUGGGCUAGCCCACCUGCUGCCUUGUACAUCAUAAAGAAACUUAUAGCUAAUAAAAAGCUUACAAGAAAAAUUGAAUGGCAAAUAAUACCCAUGCUGAAUCCCGACGGAUAUGUUUACACUUGGAACCAGGAUCGUUUGUGGCGCAAGAACAGGUCUCCUUCCUCGGUUUGCGUCGGUGUUGACCUCAACAGAAACUUUGGAUAUCAGUGGGGAGGACUUGGGACAAGUAGUAACCCUUGCAGCAACAUAUACAAGGGAUCGUCAGCAUUCAGCGAACCAGAAAGCAGGGCUCUCAGAGAUGCUAUGCUGCCUCUGGAUGGCAGAGUUCAGGCAUAUAUAACUUUCCAUGCGUAUGGGCAAUACAUACUCUACCCCUGGGGUUAUUCAACUGACGUCACACACCCACUGACAGCAAGCAUGAAUAGAGCUGGCAAAGCAAUGGCCAAACAAAUUGAGAGGAAAAAUCAAGCUACGUAUGAUGUUGGCAACUCUGCUGAAGCAUUUUACCCGGCAGCUGGAGCAUCUGACGACUGGGCGUCUUACGCUUUGAAUGUUCCUUACGUCUACACAAUUGAGCUGAGAGACACUGGAUCUUAUGGCUUCACACUGCCUGCGUCUCAGAUCUUGUCGACUGAGGCUGUUGACAUUAUCCAGUUUGACCCAGACCAUUGCAAUGGCCGUCGCUCGUCCCAGCAGCAGCAGCAGCAGCAGCAGCGACGAGAAGCUGACACCCAGGAGUGCCAGACAGAGGAACCAACCGGAGGCAGUCACUCACCACAGAGGGUCAGUGAGUGA